UGUAAAUCAUGCAAAUCGUACACUUACGCACAUGUAUGAGCAUGGGAACAGAAUUCCAUCUGAGUCUUUCUUGCUUAUCGGUAAGAGAAAGAUUUCAAACAUAUGCACAUACAGUUUGCAUUCGAGCACCCCUUUCCGAUGCUGUAAAACUCAUCUGAUGUCUGCUCAAUUGCCGUUUGCAUGUAUCAUAUUCAAAGAUUCUUUAUAAAGGCCUUACAAUCCUUCUACUCACCUUAACACAUCCCCGUUACCAUCUAAAUCUCCUCUUCGCCCCUUGUUGCGAUCCUCUCCCUCAAUUCGAUUUCUUCUUCUUCUUUCUUCUCAUCAAUAAUCGAUAAAAGAUGGUCUCCGUUCGUUUUGCCUCUGUCAUCUUUUUGGCAGCUUUCAUGGCCUCUUCUACCGUUCAAGGUGCAUCAAUGGCCAAACCUUACAGUCCUGAUUUGUAUGCCCGUGACGCUCUCAUGGCUGAAUCAGACGCAACCCCUUCGAUCGGCUUGGUAAAACGUGUUCAAGCCGCAAAACCAUAUGCACCCGACCUAUUCUCCAGACAAUCUUUAGAAGACAAUGACGAAGAUGUCGUCGAAGAAAAGCGAUCAACAGUCGUCAAACGUUCAGUUUCUCCUGCAGCCAAAGCAACAUGGAGCCUUUUCAAACGGGCUACUGAAGAGUCCGAAGAAGACUUACACGAACGUGGCUUGGUUGACGAUGCUCAAAUCGAAGCCCGUGGAGGUUGCGAUAGCGAUUGGCAAUGUGGCUCUGACCAUUACUGUAGCUCGAAGCGUAACAAGUGCUACAGAAAGAUUCAUGAUUACAAUCGAUGCAGCCGUGACGGAGCUUGUGGUUCAGGAUACUGCUGUGAAUCUGAGAGCAUUUGCAAGCCCAAAAGAGACAAUGGUGACAGAUGUCAUGGUAACGAUAGCGCAUGCGACAGUGAUUACUGCUCAGUCGUUUCCGACAGAUGUCAUCAUCAAUCAGGCAAAGGUGACGGUUGCCGUGUAGACCAAGGAUGCAAAGGCGAUCUUUCGUGCGUCAACGGUACAUGCAAAAAUUCCGGUUCCAGCCAACCAAGCAAACCCCACCACCCAAGUCAUCCUGCUCCUUCUGGAUCAGCACGUCAACGUCGUGCUUUGUCACCUUUGUAAGCACACAAUGCUUACAUUCGUUCGUUCGUUCAACUUACGGCUACACACCAUCAUUGCACAUUAUACAACCCAUCCCAGUAUACCUUUCGACUUCAUUCAAAACAAUCUUUCAUCCUUUUUCGGGCUUCACUUUUAUCUUCCCCCUCCCCUACAAUCAUUUGUG